UUGCUACAAAAUAUGAAGAUGAAAAUGAAGAAGGUUAGUGUGACUUUAUUGAUUUUUGUUUUGGUGGAAGUGAUAUGGUGUGAAGGGUGUUGGAAGGAAGAGAGGGAAGCUCUUUGGGAUCUAAAUGCCCGUUUUGGCUUCCCUUUGUCUUGGCAGUGGGAUGGCACAGAUUGUUGUGAAUGGGAAGGAGUGGAGUGCAACUCCUCCACAGGGAGAGUGGCCAAACUUGAUCUUCAACGCCUGUGGAGUGUAGGGUCCAUCCAAUCAGAUUGGCAUUUAAAUUACGCUGAUCUUGUUGUCUUCAAAGAUUUGAAGAGUCUCAACUUGAGCAGUAGUUAUGGGAUAUUUGAUUGUGCAAACAGUGAAGGGUGGGAAAAUCUGGAAGUCCUUGACUUGAGUGAAAGUGAUAUAGAUAAUGUCACCAACAUUCUUGUUUGUUUGAAUGGCCUUCCAUCUCUCAAGUCUCUGUAUUUAUCAUACAACAGGUUCCAUGCAACAUUCAACGGUAAGGAUAUAGAUUAUGAUGAUGGCGACGGCGUGAUAAGCAUCUUUUUAAUAUUUACUUCAAAAUUGGUUGGCUUCUUCUACAACCUUUGACUAAUACAUGUGUAUACCUUUAGUUUUUGAAACUCUGUCAUCGCAGUUGCUUAGAUUAGAGAUCCUUGACAUAAGUCAGAACACUUUGACUAAUGACAUGUUGCCAUCUCUCGGUGGAUUC